CAUUCCCCCCAACACACAUUUCCUGGCAGUGCCAUUCUCCCCAUUAGAUCUCAGCCCUAGAUCCUUCCAUAGCUGGAAAGUCUGUCUCCUCUCUCCUACAGCCAUGUUUAUCAAAGUGAUGUUUGGAGCUGGCUGCUGGGAGCUGGUGAACACCUGGUGCAGCCCCGUGACCCUCAGAGCCCACUUGAGGCAGAGGGGGCAGGUGCCCCCGGAUGCAAUCAUUGCCCUCCUGGCUGAGGACGGGCACUUGGUGAGUCUGGAUGAAGGACUGGAGGAGGGGGCAUCCCUGGCCCCUUCCAUGGGCAGCCCCCUGCUGCAGGAGCGUGGAACCUACGUCCUCGUGCAGAUUUUCAAAGGGGAGGGUGGAGCCCCCACCCGCUAUGAGUCCCUCCUGGAGAACCUUGAUGACCAGUAUCCAGAGCUUGCAGAGGAGCUUCGCCACCUGUCAGGCCUACACCCUGCAAGUGAUGGCCGGAAGAGGCGCAUGAGCACUCGGCGUGGGCACCAGGAGCAAGGUCCCCUUUCAAGGCCACGAAGGAUGGGCUCCCUGCCAUCCAGGACCCGCUAG